UGAAGAUGAAACUAUUCGGUGUAAUGAGCAAGAACAUGUCGAACAUAAAGAGAAAAAAAAUGAAAAAGGUGAUGGUGACAUUAUAUUUGAGGCAAUAGAAGAUGAAAAUUCUUCAAGAGAAAAACUCGAUGAAAAAUCUCCAUCAACUGAUGAAGAUAUUCAUCUCCCUAUCGACGGUGAACGAACUGAAAAAUGUGAAUGUACAACUUCAUCAAUAAAUACAGUUGAUGAUGAAUGCAAUAAUAUGUUACCUAUCACUGAAGGCGAUCGACUAUUUAAUCUUGUUAUUCAUCUUCAAUCAGUUAGUGAAAAAAAUUCAAAUGAAAAACCUGUUGGUAUGUCUAAUUUUCGUGUUAAACAUCGUUUACAUCACCAUUCAAAAACGAAUACUUUUGGACAUUGGAGAAGAGCAAUGAAAAAAGCUUUUGAACUUAAAGAUCCAUGGGAAGAUUUUAAAGUUGAUAAUUAUCCAGAAGAAAUCGUUAUAUGUCAUGAAUUUGAUCCAAUUAAACGUAAAUGGCAUACAAAUCAAAUUACAGUUAGAAUUGAAUCAAAACCAUUUGCACAUGGAAGUAUGAGGGAAUGUUUUCGAUUAAAAAAGAUCUCAAUUUUUUCAACUAAUCAUGAUUGGGAUCGUUCAAGUAAUUAUAUUGCUAAACGAUAUAUUGAUGAUAUACCAAUGACACGAUAUUUUGAUGAUGUUAUGAUGCAAAUGACAACAAAAUUAUGGGCAGCACAUUAUAAUCAACAUAAUCCACCGAAAAAAGUUGAUAUUAUUCAAAUGAGUGUAUUAGAAUUUAAAGAUCGUGCUGGUCGACCUUAUUAUCAUUUAGAACGAUUUAUUGACGGCGAUUAUAUAAAAUAUAAUUCAAAUAGUGGUUUUGUUUGUGAGGACCCUACUCUACGUUAUACACCACAGGUUUCUCUUUGUUUUGUUUUUUUU